CCACACCUGUGUCCCCAGCACUUGGCCUGGGCCCAAGAGGGCUCUUCAGAAAAGAAAGGAUGGCUGUCAGCCACCUGUCCACCGUGGUCCAGGAGCCAGUGACCUUCGAGGAUGUGGCCGUGCUCUUCACCCACGAGGAAUGGGGGCGCCUGAGCCCGGCCCAGAGAGCCCUGCAUGGCGAGGUGAUGCGGGAGAACUGCGGCCACCUGCUCUCGCUCGGACUCUUAGGACCCAAACCAGAUAUGUCCCCCCAGCUGGGCAAAAGGGAAGAUUGGACGCCAGAGGCCGCCCCAGGAGGCUUCUCCCUGGACUGGCUGACUGUGCCUGUCAGUGAGAAAUCUCCUCUCAAGGCCGAGAUGCCUGAAGAAGACUUGGGUCAGUGGGCAAGAAGGGAAAGCUUCAGUGGGGAUAGUCGCUGGACAUGUGCAGGCCUGUUGGAAUGGCAGUGCGGCAACCAGGAGAUGGAUUUGCAGCGAGUGGUUCUUGCUCACCAGAACACCCCAUCUGGCGGGAGUGAACAGGAAAGUGGUGAAUCUGGGAGCACCGUGAGCUCAUCUCUUGUUCAGAGUCAGGGAUUUCAACUUAUCAAAAAAGCCUUUGAGUGUAGUGAGUGUGGAAAAGUCUUCUCUAAGAGUUCAACUCUUAAUAAACAUCAGAAAAUCCACACUGAAAAAAACACAAGUCAGAAAACUCACAUUAAAGAGAAACGCUAUGAAUGUAGAGAAUGUGGGAAAGCCUUCCACCAGAGCACACACCUUAUCCAUCACCAAAGAAUCCACACUGGCGAGAAGCCCUAUGAAUGUAAGGAAUGUGGCAAGGCCUUCUCAGUGAGCUCUUCACUCACUUAUCACCAGAAAAUUCAUACUGGAGAGAAACCUUUUGAAUGCAACUUAUGUGGGAAAGCCUUUAUCCGAAACAUACACCUUGCCCACCAUCACAGAAUACAUACUGGAGAAAAGCCUUUCAAAUGCAACAUUUGUGAAAAAGCUUUUGUGUGCAGGGCGCAUCUUACCAAACACCAGAAUAUUCACAGUGGCGAGAAACCCUAUAAAUGUCACGAAUGUGGGAAAGCCUUUAAUCAAAGCACAAGUUUUCUCCAGCAUCAGAGAAUUCACACCGGAGAGAAGCCCUUUGAAUGUAAUGAAUGUGGAAAGGCCUUCAGGGUGAACUCUUCCCUUACUGAACAUCAACGCAUUCAUACCGGAGAGAAACCGUAUAAAUGUGUUGAAUGUGGGAAAGCUUUCAGGGAUAAUUCAUCCUUUGCACGACAUCGGAAAAUCCACACUGGAGAGAAACCUUACAGAUGCGGUUUGUGUGAGAAAGCCUUCAGGGACCAAUCAGCCCUCGCCCAACAUCAGAGAAUUCAUACUGGGGAGAAACCUUACACGUGUAAUAUAUGUGAAAAAGCCUUUAGUGAUCACUCAGCCCUUACCCAGCAUAAGAGGAUUCACACCAGAGAAAAACCUUACAAAUGCAAAAUCUGUGGGAAAGCCUUUAUCCGAAGCACGCACCUUACUCAGCACCAGAGGAUUCACACAGGAGAAAAGCCCUACAAGUGCAGCAAGUGUGGGAAAGCUUUCAACCAGACUGCAAACCUCAUCCAGCAUCAGAGGCAUCAUCUUGGAGAAAAGUGAUGUGAAUGCAGUUCAUGUAGAAGACCUUUGAGCCCGGGUAGGUUCAUUUUCGAGUAUAGGAGAAUCCAUUCUGGAGAAUCACUACGAAAGCUUACAUCUGCUAGUCACUUUAUUUACUAAGAGCCCAGCGUCACAGUAUUUAUGUUUUGAGAAUUUAAGAAUAGCAAAUACUCCUCGUUCUUUAGGAUGACCUCAAAUGAAUGGCAGUGCUGCUUGAUGAGUCUGAAUGACUAUCAGAACCAAAAUGUAAAAAUUGGCUUACAAAGUUAUGUUUAGACUAUUCAGAGAAACUGAAAUUGUAAAAAUUAAGGUUGAGAGGCAGAGGAACAAACUGGUCAAGUGGCCUGUGGGCAUUUCGCUCUGGGAGAUCGUCUUACGUGAGAGAGUUGACGCCUUUCAUGGGACCCUAGUUCUCUCCUCCCCCACACCUCCGUGCCCAGUGUAAAGAAAGUGCAGUCACCUGGCGUCCCCCGUAAUUCCUUGAGCUGUGCCCCCACCCUCUGCUCCAAACCCUCCCUCCCUGGUCUGUCUGUCCCUGACCUCUUAUCUGUGUUGUCCUUCUGAAGCCACAUCUGGCUGGUGUGACCCUCCACCGACUUGGCAACUCCUGUCACAUAGUGUCUCUUAUCACCACCCCUGUGCCCUUGGGGCAUGUGGUGAUCUGACCUCAGACCACAGCCCACGAUUGUGGCUAUCCCACCCAAAUUUGACUUUGAGAACUCAGGAUCUCCAGGAGGCAAAGCGUAAUCCACAUUCUUGUGUUAACCAGUUCCUCUACCUCAGCUUGAUUCUGACCCUGGGAUGAUACCUGAGUAGGGGCCUCGCUUGUGUAGCCUUGACCUUCCAGCUGUUC